AGGACCGGACCCGAUAAAGAACUCCUCGCUUUUACAGAAUCAGAUAAGCAUUGCUAGACCUGAGCUGGAACAGAGAACCCCCCUUAGCAUUUGGGAAGAAUUUUCCUCUUCCACUUGUAUGCUGCUGCAUAUGAACUUUUUGCUUUUGGUCCAACAGACGGAUGCCCAUAAUGAUUGAGCCGAUUGAGUUUAAUACUGAAAGUGAAAGAAUGUUCUGUGUCUCCACUUAUGAGUGGCUGACAUUGCAGAAACAAGGCAAGACACUGUUCUUUCUGGCUCCUGUUUGUCCCCACAGGACAUGUCGCACUCUGAUAGCCCUCUUAAUUACUUAACUACUACCGGUGAACUCGCUAUAACUUGGCCCAGACCUCUCCUGUUUAAAUCACUGUAUGAAUCUUCCCAAGGGCUUGAGUUUGUAGAGAUUUGCUGAUUCCAAGCAGUAACGGUAAGACAGCAGUGGACUAAAGAACAAGGCGCAUAUCUUGGAAAUGGUUGCGAAUGCUCUGGAAAGAAGAAACAAUACCUGGGUUCUUCGUACGGAAGUUGCCAGCGAUUUGAUCGUGCAGGUUGGGAAGUUCAGCUUCCAUUUACACAAGCUGCCUAUGGUCUCGAGGAGUGGCUACAUAAAUAGAUUGGUCUUCCAAAAACAAGGAGUCGAAGAUAAGACUGACCCUCCUCUUGUUAUCCACCUGAACAAUCUUCCUGGUGGAGCUAAAGCAUUUGAGACGGUAGUAAGGUUCUGCUACGGGCUAAAGUUUGAUCUAACUGCAUCAAACAUUGCUCCUUCAUAUUGUGCGGCUCAUUUCCUGGAGAUGACUGAGGACUUCCAUGAAUCAAACCUCUUAUCAGAGACCGAGGUCUUUUUGAGCUUCGUGAUUCUGUCUUCUUGGAAAGACACUUUCCUCAUACUCAAGAGCUGUGAGUCCCUAUCUCCUUGGGCCGUUGAGUUGAGGAUCCUGAAACGGUGCUCGGACUCAAUUUGCCAGAAGGCCUGUAACAGUCCAGAAGGAUUCAUCUUCGGGAAUGAAAUCAAAAGGCAGGCUGAUAAUUGGUGGUUCGAGGAUGUUUCGUCCCUUAGAAUAGAUCAUUUCAUAGAAGUGUUGGGGGGGCUAAAAAGAAGGGGGAUGAAAGCCAAGCUUGUAGGAUCAUGCAUAGCUGAUUGGACCGAGAAAUGGCUCUCCAGAGUCACUUUGCUUGAUAACGUUACGCUGCAGAAACUAACUUACCAGCUUCAGAGAAUUACCAUAGAAAGUCUGAUAAGGUUACUUCCUCCAGAGGAGAAUUCAGUUUCUUGCAACUUCCUGCUGAAGCUCCUGAGACUCGGGAUUGUAAUGGAGACUGAUCCUGAGUUAACAAAUCAGCUUGACCUGCGAAUAGGUUCAAUGUUGGAUCGGUGUCAUGUUACAGAUCUACUGGUCAAGAAUUUCGGGGACAACGAGGUAGACACAACUUAUGACGUCGGAGUUGUUGUAAGGGCAGUAGAAUCCUAUGUCUCGUCCGUUUCCUGGAAUCCUAGGCCGAAGAUACAUGCAAUUGGCAGGUUGGUAGAUGGGUAUCUUGCAUUCAUUGCUAGGGAGAAAAAUCUCAGGAUCGAGACAUUCUGUUCGCUCCUAAUGUCUCUGCCCAAGAGUGUUCAUACCUGCGACGAUAAUCUGUAUCGAGCUAUAGACAUGUACCUCAAGGCACACCCGCAUUUGACAGAAGAAGAGAGGGUGAGCAUCUGCAGAGCGCUGGACCACAACAAACUGACGAAAGAAGCUCGGGAACACGUAAUGAAGAAUGACCGCCUUCCCAUGAGCAUGACCACGAGACUCAUACUUCUCGAGCAAGUGAACAUGAUGAGGUCCAUGACCGGCACAGGAUCAAACUUCCUAAGAACGAAGACACAGGCAGUUAUAAGAUCCUCAGCCAGAAAGGGUUCAGGAGAGCAGUUGGUCGACUCCCAAAAGGAGAUAAGGAUGAUGAAGGAAGAAGUCGAUAUAGUGAAGCUGCAGCUGAGCCAGCUGCAGAUGUGUAGGAUGGAGCUUCAAGUGAAGAUGAGGAGAGGUGUUAGAUAAAGGGAUACUGUAAUUGUUCGGUUCUUGUUUCGUGCCAUGUUCAUCGAUUUUUAAGUCGAGAAGUCUGAUGUGUUAGAAACUUCAAUGUAUUGUAUGCCUGCAACCACCACUGCGAGGCGAAACUUCGAUGUCCCAAGUCUCUAUGCCUGCAACAACCACUGCAAUGCGAAACUUCAAUGUCCCAAUUCUCUAUGCAACAUAGUGGUUUCAUUCCCGAGUUCACUGAA